GCAUCAUCCCAUGACGACAGAAACUCAAUAGCAAAUCAUCUGUUCGCUUUGGCCCUACCCCUAUUUUAAUGACAAUAGCCUACCCGUGUUUUUACCUGUGAUUCUAUGAACGAGAUGGGAUUAAUUUGUCUUCAAGAAGUCAGAUUACUCUGGCCAGCUGCUCUCAGGAAUGGGUGUAAAAGGCUUGCAGUAUUUUAUGGAGAAAUGUUGUCCAGAAACCUGUGUGAUGGUGGACUUCAGGGAGAUGGCAAGGCAGCAUGUCAACAGUCACCAACAGGGCAGUAGCAUCCCUCUUCCUACACUGGUGGUGGAUGGCAUGGCCUGUCUGAGGCACUGGUACAGUUGUCAAGCUUGGGUGUAUGGUGGUCAGUGGAAAGAGUAUAUGCAUUGCCUGAAGGAGUUUGUGGGUGCAUUCGUGACUGCAGGUAUCCGACUUGUGUUUUUCUUCGACGGGGUAGUGGAAGAAGAAAAACGGGCGGAGUGGGUGAAUCGGCGACUGAAGGUCAACGAGGAGGUUGCCAGGGUGUUCCACUAUUUAAAGUAUCAUGGUCAACAGCCUGGCCGGGAGCUGUUCUGCCUCCCCUCAGGGCUGGCCACCUUCUCUCGCUUUGCCCUCAAGUCUCUGGGCCAGGAGACCUGGUGCUCUGUUCGCGAGGCCGACUAUGAGAUCGCCAGCUUUGCCCUCCGUCACAACUGUAUGGGCAUCCUGGGGCAGGACACAGACUUCAUCAUCUAUGACUCAGUCCCCUAUCUGUCUGUGGCUCAGCUAAGGCUAGACACCAUGACCACCGUGCUGUUUUCCACAGACAAAUUGUGCCACGCCCUCCAACUGCAGAAGAGUGAGCUCCCUCUGCUCGCGUGUCUCCUUGGUAAUGACGUGGUGCCAGAGCAGCGGAUGCAGCGGCUGCGUAGCGAUGCCUUGGCAGCUUACAGGAGGAAAUAUCCACAGUCUCCACCUCAAGGGGAGAAGAUUUAUGCUGUAGCAGAUUUCAUCAGUAGCAACAAGCUGUCCAGAGAGGGAGCCCAUGGUGUUAGCUGUCUGCCUCUAACAGAUAGAGAGGUUCUGGAGAAAGGAGUACAGUACUAUCUACUUCCUGGUCAACAGCCACUAUGGGACAUUAGUGAUACCUCUCCUCGUAGCCCUGUGUGUCUGAUGAAGAGCUACUUGAGUCCUGACAUCCUCCAGGCAGCCAAAGAAAAGCACAUGCGAGCAGAGUGUUUUAUGGUAUACAAUGUACUGUAUGAUGGUGUGGUGGAAUGCAGUAAUACACUUGAAGACAGGGAGGAUGCUGAGCUCACUCCACAGGCAAUUGUGUAUCAAUCUUGCAGAGAACGCAUCUACGGCAUUCUGUUACCCACAUAUCCAGACAGUAGUGGACAGGCCCCAGCUGUGAGGGAAUGGUUUGUUUUUCCUGGAAACCCACUAAAGGACCCCAAAGUAGUCUCUCCCUUGCCCCUGAACCACUCUGAUUUGAAGCGUUUAUGGUUUGGGAAGGACUCCGAAACAAAAUGCCUCCGCAUCGCCACCUUCUUGGCUAUAUUUGAGUUGGAUGAAUUCUCAGUGGAGCAUGAUCGUCUGGAUGGCUCUUUGAUGGCUGUGCUGUGCCUUGUGACCUACAUUGCCAUGCAGGUGAGCCACCUCUCCUUGGAAGACAUAGAUGCAUAUCUCAGCCAAGCCAUCUGUGUCAGGUACAAAUCCUACACAGAACUGCUUCACACAAGGGUCUCUCAUGUGGAGCCCCGGGCGGUUCAGCUGGGCUCUCUGUUUGUCCGAGGGCUGACCCACCUGGUGGCCGCCAACAGUGCUUGUGGAUGCCCCUUCCCCAUGGAACAGCUGAUGCCCUGGAACACCUUUGACGGCCUGCUCUUCCACUCAAAGUACCUGCUGGCUCACUCAGGGAGGCCACAGGAGGAGCUGCUGGAGGGAAAUGCAUCCUGGGUGUCCCUGUUCCGUUUUCUGAGAGAGCUGGUCCUGGGAAUCUGCAGCAGGCGUGGCCGGACCAUCCAGUCCAGACCACGGAUAACACAUCCCGGGAAGCAUGUGGAUCACAGUGAGCAGUGGAGUGAAAGAGGAGCCCCAUCGGGGCAUGGUCCCUCUCCUCAACGCUACAGACCCCAGACCAGAUCCCCAUCAGGACAGCAUGGUCCCUCUCCUCAACACUACAGACCCCAGACCAGAUCCCCAUCAGGACAGCAUUUUCCCUCUCCUCAACACUACAGACCCCAGACCAGAUCCCCAUCAGGACAGCAUGGUCCCCCUCCUCAACACUACAGACCCCAGACCAGAUCCCCAUCAGGACAGCAUGGUCCCCCUCCUCAACACUACAUACCCCAGAGCAGAGGUCCUAGAGCACAGACACAUGAACACAACAGACCAAGAUCAACACAUCCAAACAGGAGGAGAUACCACCUGGCACCUAGUUUUUACUGUAGGUGGCAGAACCCCCAUCCUGAUUUCCCCUGACUGUCAGUGUUGAGUGGACAUGCCUUGCUGGGACCAUCUUACAGAAUUGCCCUGUUAAGAGCAGCACAGCCCAACACACUCAGGGGAUGUGUCUGAUAUUAGACUGACUUGUGUUGAACUUUGUGAACACAGUUUGUGUUACCAUAACCUCACUAUCAGUUGGAUUGGCUUGGAGAAAUGUAGGUCAUGUAACUGUAUGAGAUAUUGGUUGCAAUAGGAGAGGAUAUGCGUCACAAGGAGAGGAAAAGGGGCUUAUUAGGUGAAAGAGGACCUGAGGUGAAAGAGGACCUGAGGGAGCAGUUACAUUUCACUUGGUUUAGCAUCUGAAAUCCCAAAGUAAGCAUUGACAUACCAAAAUAAGAAGGGAUAGGUGAGAGUGGGGUAAGUUGAGCCACUCUUGUUUCUAGGAAACAAGACACAAAAUGUAUAAUUUUGACCAAAUGUUUAGGAAGAGGUCAUUUAAUGUCUGUGAGGGAAGAAACCACAUGGAAAAAGUGGUAAGCAAGUUGGGUCCUCCAAAAAUAUUUUCACCAAGUCAAAUUUAUUUAAUGUGUUAGGUUUAGGUACAAGCAUCAUGACAAUUCUAACUAGAUACUUUUAAGAUCGUUCCAUAUGUCAUUUGAGGUCUGUAUAAGCUUCAAUAUGAGGUCCUAAACCUAGCAUAAAAGUGCAUCCUUGUAGCUGUGUGGGCUAAUAUAGUCAAAAUGUUUGCCUUGGGGUAAAUUGGGCCAAUGGUUGAGGCAAUGGCCAGUUGAGCAAAUUUAAGUAUUUUCUUCCCUGGCGUAAUGCAAGGCAUUAUUGCUGGGGAUAUGAGAUGACAACAAGGCCUAUGUUAAAAGUGUUUUAACAAGUACAAAGUGUUUGUUAGGUGCUAAACCUGUGUUUUUAAAAUAUGCUUUAAAUGAUUUUAAAGUGAUUGUGAUUGGGUUGAAUUGUGUUUGGGAAAUAAAAAUAGACAUGGUUUUAUAAGA